ACUCUAAGAUCUCUUCAUCUUGUCAUUUUAUUAAAAUGUACUCCAUUCUUCUCUCUUACUUAGAGCAAGUGAAGAAGACUACUCGUAUUAAAAAGGGUUAGAAUUCAAUACCUUCCUUCCAUUAAUACACUUUUAAAGUUAGCUUCUUUUUCCAAAACCUUCCUUUUUUCUUUAAAUAUGAGAACAAGCUAGCUAGCUUGAGGAAGUUAAUUAUAGUUGAUUGAGUGAACCAUUAUAUUGAAUUGUUAGUAUAAUGACUUGGUGUAAUGAAAGUAAAUCUUCAACCUCCAAGCUUAAUGACAACAACAAUGGAGCAAAACCUAAAUCUUGCCCUUCAUGUGGUUACCAAAUCAAAUCCCAACAACAGGCAAAGAUAAAUGAUCUACCCGGUUUACCAGCGGGUGUAAGAUUUGAUCCAACAGAUCAAGAACUGAUUCAGCAUUUGGAAGAAAAGGCUGGGCCGGAUGAUGGAUUUCAUCCUCUCAUUGAUGAAUUCAUCCCUACACUUGAAGGUGAAAAUGGAAUUUGCUACACCCACCCUGAAAAACUACCUGGAGUGAAAAAAGAUGGACAAGUCCGCCAUUUCUUCCAUCGGCCUUCAAAAGCGUACACAACCGGGACACGAAAACGGAGGAAGGUCCACACAGAUGAGGAUGGCAGUGAAACCCGGUGGCACAAAACAGGCAAGACUCGGCCUGUUAUCAUCAACGGUAGAGUCAGAGGUCACAAGAAGAUUUUGGUCCUCUACACAAAUUACGGCAAGCAAAAGAAACCCCAAAAGACCAACUGGGUUAUGCAUCAAUAUCACUUGGGUGUUGACGAGGAAGAAAAAGACGGGGAGUUGGUAGUUUCUAAAGUCUUUUACCAAACACAACCUAGACAAUGCGGAUCGAUUUUGAAGGUAAAUGGUCGGGUUACAAACCAAAGUCAGAGAAAUGAAAUGGGUGAAUAUUAUAGCAAUUCCUCCAUCAUUUCUUUUGAACAGAUAGGCAACAGCAAUACAAAAGGAAGUGCUUCAACAACUCUGUUCCCAUUUUGCUGUCCUUGAGAGCUUAAUCUUCUGUACCUAUAACAAAUAAAGUAAGCACAGAGAGCACCAGUUGGAGCCCUUCAACAGAUGAAUAUAUGAUCAAAAACUAACACUAUUUUUUCCCAAACUAUAUGCAUUACUGGGACUUAUGUUUUGUAUGCAAGUGUAAAUAGUUGCAUUAAUAAGGUUAAUAUUACCAGCACAUUUGUUUAGAAGAGCAUCAAACUAAAUGCAAUAAAGAUGUAAAACUAACUAUAUUUAAGUAAUAAUUACCUAUUUUCAGUUUUCUCAA